AUGCUUUUACACACAGUUGAUAUUCUUCAAAGGAACUGGAACUCUCGACCAGACCAUAAUGCACUCCAACUCCCUUGUGGACGCUCCAAUUGUCAGCGCUAUUUCAAAACUCAAGCGGGACGAACCAAACAUUGGAAUUCAGCCCAUCCUACAAUCACAAAGCCACCUAACUCUUACCGUGCCAGUGUUUCUGAAGAGCCAGAAGAGCCUUACUAUCCGGCCCCUGUGCAACCACAUGAGCCACAGUUUGACUUUCAAGAAGUCGAGAACGAUUGGUUGAAUCUGACAGGACAUGAUGGGAUGCACAACUCACCAGCUCCGAGAAUUGACACUGAGUUUUGGGGGCCAGGAGACUGCUUAUAUCGGAACUUUCACAAGGACCUUGAUGCCCGCCCUUGUGAUGAUAAUGGUGUGUUUCUCCCCCCUGGAAGCCUACCUAAACCACUCUCUGAUAAAUCCUCCUCUGACUGGACUCCUUACCGAAAUCGUGUCGAAUUUGAAAUGGCAGAGUAUUUAUUUACCGAGAAUCAGACGCCUGCAGGUCAGAUCAAUACAGUGGCUCAAAAAAGUGUCCCAAUGUUUAAACAUGACGACAAGCCUCCAUUUGCUGACUUUCGUGACCUUUACAAAACCAUCGACAGAACACCGCUUGGGGAUGUGAAGUGGCAGUCAUUUUCAGUUCGCUACAAUGGUGAAAAACCAGACACUGAUGCACCACUAUGGAUGGAUCAAGUCUUUGACGUCUGGUACCAUGAUCCACGAGAGGUCAUCCGCAACAUGCUUGCAAAUCCCGACUAUGCCAAAGAGUUUGAUUACAGACCCUACUGCAAGUUCUCAACUGAUGACGACAAGCAUCAGUGGAAGGACUUUAUGUCUGGUGAUUGGGCAUGGGAUCAGGCCGACAUAAUCUCCGAAGAUCCAGAAUCACAUGGAUCCAUGUUCGUACCUGUUGUUUUAGGCAGCGACAAGACUACAGUUUCCGUUGCAAUGGGAAACAACGAAUAUUGCCCGCUCUAUGCAUCUAUUGGCAAUGUUUGCAAUAACGUUAGACGAGCCCACCGCGACGCAGUUAGUAUUAUCGCCUUUCUCGCUAUUCCCAAAACAACGAAGGAACAUGCGACUAGUGAUGUGAAGUUCCGAAAGUUUCGCCGGCAAUUGUUUCACUGUUCACUCUCCAAGAUUCUCAAAACACUUCGUCCUGGUAUCACCAAGUAUGAAGUUGCACAUUUUGGUGACGGACAUUUCUGCCGUGUGAUAUAUGGUCUGGGAGCAUAUAUUGCUGACUACGAGGAGCAAGUCUUAUUGACAUGCAUCGUGCGUGGUUGGUGCCCAAGAUGUUUGUCUUCACAUAUCAAUCUAGACGAGCCAGCCGGUUGGCGCUGUCGUCAUCAUACAGAUGUGCUUGUCAAGGAGGGUACUCUCGAUGCCUUAUGGGACGAAUAUGGCAUUGUUGGUGAUCUCAUUCCCUUUACGAAUGAUUCUGCUCGAGCUGACAUCCAUGAACUCAUUGCCCCCGAUAUCCUUCACCAGCUUAUCAAAGGGACGUUCAAAGACCACCUGGUUGAUUGGAUCGAGAAGUACCUAUACCAGACACACUCGAAGAAAGAUGCUGAGCGCAUCAUAGAUGAUAUUGAUCGAAGAAUCGCUGCUGUUCCAGCCUUUGCUGGUCUUCGGCGCUUCCCACAAGGACAAGGCUUCAAGCAGUGGACGGGUGAUGACUCGAAAGCACUUAUGAAGGUAUACUUAUCUGCUAUUGAGGGAUAUGUCCCUGUGGAUAUGGUCUGGACAUUUCGAGCCUUUCUCGAAUUUUGUUAUCUUGUCCGACGCAGCAUAAUCACAGAGAAGAUGCUCGAGCAAAUCCAGGAGGCACUUGACUGGUUUCAUCGGCACCGGCAAAUUUUUGAAACACUCAACGUUAUUUCGACAUUCUCACUCCCUCGCCAGCAUUCCCUUCAACACUACAUACACCUCAUUCGACUUUUUGGGGCCCCGAAUGGUUUAUGCUCUUCGAUCACCGAAGCUAAGCAUAUCAAAGCAGUGAAGGAGCCAUGGAGGCGCUCCAGUCGGUACGAGGCGCUGGGCCAAAUGUUGGUCACAAAUCAACGCCUUGACAAGCUCGCAGCAUCGCGCGCUGAUUUUACUCAACGCAAAAUGCUUAAUGAACGACUGCGCGCCCUCAAUCUCACGGCACCAGAUGAAGCUGCCAACACUCAGGCUGUCAAUACCACAGUGGACAAUGACAACGACAAUGAUAACGAAGUUGACGACAGACCAACAAAUGUCAAAGCGCACGUGGAGUUGGCCAAAACACCUCCAAUUGAAUUAUCAAUCCCACAUCUCAGGCUCUUGAAUCUUCUGCAACACUUUCUCUUCGGUCAACUCAACCGCAACGAUCCCCAUGAUCCAUCAGAGGUUCCCCUAGCUUACUGUCUCCAAUUCAACGACAAAAUCAGUGUUUUCAACUCUGCUUGUUCAAGAUUUUUUGCGCCAAGUGAUCUCAGCGGUAUUGGGGGCAUGCGCCAUGAGUAUAUUCGUGCAUGUCCGAUAUGGAGAAACGAGCAUCCUCAGUUUGAUUGUGUCUUCGUCAACACGAAUCCAGGUCUUGAUGUUGUGCGGUGGUUUGAUACCAUUGGAGACUUGCCAAACGAAGACACUGGAAUGUGGGUUGUACAGCCUGCUCAUAAUAACAACAACACGCCCCAUAUUUCUGUCAUACAUAUUGAUUCAAUCUACCGCACCGCAGACCUUAUUCCUGUAUAUGGUACUCGAGUUAUUCCUGCGCAACAUCACCACCAUCAGACCUAUGAUAUUUUCCACCGUUUUUAUGUUAACAAAUAUGCAGAUCAUCACUCCUUUGAAAUUGCAUUUUAG